UUCGCAUUUCUUUUAUCAUAUGAGUUAUGUGCAUGAUUAUCAGACAAAUAGGGGUGUUUCGGGCUUUCAUGGUUCGGAAUGCUCGUCACGGCCAGGGCCCCGGUUCGGAUCAUGACAGUAACAUUCUUCUAUUUAGACUAUCAACUGAUAUGUUUUCAUUACGAAGUACUUACUCUAGACAUAAUGAUACAGGGUUACAAUCUAAGUUGCUGCUGGAAAACAUCUUAAUGGACUUCUGUUGCUAUGAAAAUAAAUUCCCUUUUAAACGUGGAAGUGCACAUUACCGUGAGUUGAUCACUUACUGGAUAGUGGAAGGCUUUCUCGGUCCUUUUGAUUGUUUUGAGAAUGCUUAUGAGAAGGGACACCGUGUUAUUAUGGUGCUUUCUCAUCAUGGCUUCAUUGAAAAUCAACAGGCAGGAUAUGUGAAAAUGUUAGAUUUGAGUUCUUGUUGUUGUUGUAGAAUAGAGGAGACAGUCCGUCUAGGUCUGGCUAAUGUUUUUGAAGGUGAUCUUGGACGAAUCGCACAUGCAGAUGGGGUAGUAAGAACACUUGGUAAGGCUGAAAAAGGGAAAAAAUCAUCAACAUUGUUGAUUGAUAGGAACUUCCUCAAUCGGGAAGUCCCAUUUGAUCUCUUUCAAUCCAUGAGGGAAAUAGAAGCGCUUGCUAUCUUCAACCCAACGUCCAAACCCGAGCCAUUAUCCUUGGACAUGCAGAAUCUUAGGCUUCUUGUGCUUAGAGGUUGUAAUUUUUUAGGGGGCAUUGAGAAUCUCUUGGAUCUGAGAUCAACUGUUUCUGACAAAACAUUCAUUCCAGAAACUCUGUUCUUGAAAUAUCUGGUCCUAGCCCUUUUAACAAUCCCCGACAAUCUUUUUGAAUAUAUGCCUCAGAUUCGAAGUCUCAAUUUGUCAUCUCUUCAAGUUGCUUCACUGCCCUCAUCCCUUUAUCAACUCACUGAACUAGUUAGGCUCAUUCUGAGAGACUGUUCUAGCCUAAAGGAAAUAAGAAGUAUAAAAAGCAUGACAAAACUUCAGGUUCUCGAUCUUUCUGGUUCUACCUCUCUAGGGAAGUUCUUUGACAAGAAUUUUGCAACAAAUAAGGAGCUUCAAAUGCUCAAUCUUUCAAAAACCAAAAUAAAAUGGUUUCCUUUGAUCAAUGGCUUGGGGAAGCUCACGUAUCUCUUGUUACGUGAUUGUAAAUCACUAAGUAGGUUACACAUGAUUAGUUCAGUAAGCAGCCUGAGAAUUCUUGACCUAUCAGGUGCCACAAAUUUUGUUGAAUUUCACGAUCAAUCCCUAGGAAAACUUGGUUCCCUCGAAGAAACAAAUGUUUCACAAAUUCAAAUCGAGAAGCUUCCUUUAGAUAUCUGCAACAUAGGUCGUCUUUCUUUGAGGGGGUGCUCCAAGUUCAAAGACUUUCCACACCUUAAAAACCCCGAUCGCCUUCAAUUUCUUGACCUUUCAGCCACAAACCUCAUUAGUGUGCCAUCCAUCUCCAAUCUUAGUAAUCUUAGAGAGCUGUUUCUUUCGUGCUGCCGCUCCUUGGUGAGAUUGGGAGACUUGAGCUCAUUAAAAAAUUUGCUGGUGCUUGAUCUAUCAGGUUGUAAGGCUCUAACUAAAUUGGCGGAUAACUCGUUUGAAAACAUGCACUGCCUUCAAAAACUGGACCUCUCUGAGACAAACAUUGAGUAUCUGCCAUCCUUGUCACACUUAACUGACCUCCGUCAUCUUUUUCUACAGAAGUGCACUAACCUGAAAAUAUUUCCAUCACUUGAUUCCCUAACAAACCUAGAGGAGCUAAAUCUUUCUGGUCUCAAGUGCCAAGGAGAAGUUGAUGUGGAUUUCUUGAAGAAUAUGGUAACACAUUUCCCAUCCUUAUCAAACCUCGAAAAGCUUAAGCAUCUUUCUCUUAGAGGUUGUCAGCACCUUCCGAAUCUUGAAGGAGUCACAACGCUUGAAGUUCUGGAUCUUUCUGGAUCUCCCAUUGUAGACUUGCCAUCCUUUGAGAAUUUCCACAAUCUUCGUAGCCUUCUCCUCAGAGAUUGCUCAAACAUAAAAGAUUUCAAGGAUCUGGAGAUAUCUGAAGUCUUGAAGGGGUCAAUUGAGAAACUUCCCUAUGGUAUCUCAAGGUUGACUUGUUUGAAUCGCCUUGAGCUACCAAAGAUGAAAGAUGGAGAAAAUGAAGAUGAAAACGGAACAUGCCACCCAAAAGAGCUUCUUCAUUGUCCCUGGAGGAUCUCCAGCUGGCCACUCGAAGAAGUUUCCAGCAGUCGUAUGCCUGACAUAUUUGUGGAUAGCUUUCAAGUUCUUCAACUCUUGAAGAACAAUCCAACUAUUGGCAAAAGUUUCCAUUUCCUAGUUCAUCCCGUUGAGGAAGAGACUGAUAUUGGAGGUAAGUAUUUCUACCAAAAUGAACUCUUUUAUAGAGAUACCUUCUUCCGAACUGGAAAACUUUGUCAGUGUAAGAAGGAGGGGGUAGAUUGUCAGUGCAGGAAGCUACAGCAAUCUCUGGAGAUCCGUGGUUUCAGCGAUUAUCCCCAUGGUCUUGAGCAUUUAGCAGCUCAAGCUGAAUUCCUUUUCUUGAUUGAUAACCAAUUCAUCGAAAAUUUAUCUAGUUUGGGUGCCGAAAGCACAAGAAAGAUGAAAUUCUGCUGGAUAGAGGGAUGCAGUGAAAUGGAGAGCAUUCUUAGUGGGGAGAAAGUUGCCGAUAAUCAGGGGAAUUCAAAGGAGAUUGUUGAGGUUACCACUGGAGUUGAGCAUAUGUUGGAGAUUUUGAGGGUCUCUCAUGCUGUUUGUUUGAAGAGCAUAUGUAGUGGCAACCUGCAAGGCCAUGGAUUAAGAUUUAUCAAAUGUUUGUAUCUGGAACAUUGUCCGGAGCUCGCAAAUUGUUCUUCAUCUUAUUGCCUGUACAACCUACAAAUUCUACAAAUCAAAUUCUGCGACAAGUUCAGGACUUUGUUUGAAGAUGAGCAACCUCAACCUUCGUUGCCAAAAUUGCACAGGUUAUGUUUGUGGGCACUACCAAAUUUGGAGAGCAUUGCAUGUAUAGCGGAAUCAUUGCAGACCCUGAUUGUUGGAGAAUGCCCAACGCUUGAAAGUGUUAAUUUGUCUACUUUACAUUCAAAAAAACUUGAGAUCCUUCAAAUCUCUUCCUGUGAUAACUUAAGGGAAAUUGUUGCUGCAUCUGACUUGGCACUGCCAGGAAAGAUGCUCAUUAGAGGAUGCCCAAGUUACAUUCUGUGA